UCACACAAUUAGCACAGCGGGACUCGUGUUGUAAUUUAUGGAGUUUGUAAUUUACACGAGUGCAGCCGUGAAUCCGUUAUUUUAUCCCGGAGACAGACAUGCGCGGUCCUGCUAGAGGUCGCUGGAAAGUCGGCCGCUGUCACUUCUGAUUCAUGGACUCAACACGGACUUUAGCUGCAAGUAUUUCUGUCAAGAGGCUCGUACGAGGCUGACUUAAUUCACUGAGUAUCAAGAUUUGGGGAAUAUGAACUUGUCUCUGGACGGUAUGGGCAUCCUGACGAUUGUGUUGUUCAUCUUCGAGGCUGUUUUACUGACCGACUGCGUAAGAGGACCUCCGCGGGUGUCUGAGAAAGUGGCCCACAGACAGACGGCCCGGCUGGGCAGCGCCAUCAAGCUGCCGUGUCCCGUGGAAGGAGACCCUCCGCCGCUCAUCAUGUGGACCAAAGACGGACGCAACAUCCACAGCGGCUGGAUUCGCUUUCGUAUCCUCCGCAUGGGCCUGAAGAUCAAAGAGGUGGAGGCAGACGACACGGGGACCUACAUCUGUAAAGCAACCAACGGCUUCGGCAGUGUCAACAUCAACUACACCCUCAUCGUCAUCGAUGACUCAGGUUCUGAUAAAACUGGACCCGGACCAGCUGACGGAGCGGAGUCGGAGCCCGGCAGUGAAAAACUCGUGCGUCCCCGCUUCACCCAACCUGCCAAGAUGAGGAAGAGGGUGAUCGCCCGUCCGGUGGGCAGCUCGGUGCGGCUCAAGUGCACAGCCAGCGGGAACCCUCGACCGGACAUCGUGUGGCUGAAGGACGACAGGCCGCUGACGGAGCAGGAGGUCGGCGAGGGCCGUCAGAAGAAGUGGACCCUCAGCCUGAGGAACCUGACGCCGGAGCACAGCGGCAGAUACACCUGCAGGGUGUCCAAUCGGGCGGGGGAAAUAAACGCCACGUACAAGGUUGAGGUCAUACAGAGGACAAACUCCAAACCCAUUCUGACGGGCACCCACCCGGUCAACACCACGGUGGACUACGGCGGCACCACGUCCUUCCAAUGCAAAGUGAGGAGCGACGUGAAGCCGGUCAUCCAGUGGCUCAAACGCGUGGAGACCAACGAGGAGAGCCGCUACAACUCCACCAUCGAGGUGGGGGACCACAGAUUUGUGGUGCUGCCCACGGGGGAGGUGUGGUCGAGGCCCGACGGCUCCUUCCUCAACAAGCUGCUCAUUACCCGCGCCAAGGAGGAGGACGCUGGCAUGUACAUCUGCUUAGGCGCCAACACCAUGGGCUACAGCUUCCGCAGUGCCUUCCUCACUGUGCUGCCAGACACAAAGCCUCCCAUCACGCCCAUGUUCUCGCCCGCCUCCAGCUCCCUCCCCUGGCCCGUCAUCAUCGGCAUCCCCGCCGGAAUAGUGUUCAUCUUCGGCACGGUGCUGCUGUGGUUCUGCCAGAGCAGAAAACACUGUCCGCCUCCCAGCGCUCCGGCGGCGCAGGUGCUGCAGAGCUCCCACCGGCCGCCGUACCGAGAGCGGGACCGGGGCUGCGUGGCCCCGUCGUCCAGCUCCUCGAACCCAGACAAAGACUGCAUGGGCUCCAUGAACUAUGAGGAGUACCUGGCCCAGCAGCAGCUCCUCCUCAGCCAGGGAGGUCCCACCAUCCCCCCGAAAAUCUACCCCAAAAUCUACACUGACAUUCACACGCACACUCACUCCCACGUGGACGGGAAAGUACACCAGCAUCAACACAUUCAUUUUCAGUGUUAGCCUCAGUGCCAAAUGUUCCCCACUGACUGCUCCAGUGUCUCUUUGAGCUGCGGACCGACCGGCAGCUCCUGACUGACGUUCAGACUCUUCUCACAGCUGACGGGAAAACUGUGUGAAAACAAAACAACACAACAGUGGCCAGUGAUACACACAUUUUGUGUUAAAAACUUCCAUAUUUGGUGCUUCUUCUUCUUCUUCUUUUUUUUUUACCUGUCAGAUUCUCACACCACUAAAAUCCAUUAAUCCUUGUUGUGCACUUAAUACAGAAAGGACAAGGACUUUUUUUUUUUUUUUUGCAGAGUGUGAGUUUAAUUGCAGCUAUUCAGGCCGGCUGAGAGGUCCUUCCUCAGCAGCUGAAUUUAUUUUUUUUCCUAAAUGGGAGUUUCGUUUUACCUUUCACAUACUCAGCUGUUGGAGUGCAGAGGCUCUGGAUGUUCUGGUAAUGAAAAAAAAAAAACGGUACUCGAGAUUUACCAAAGGGCUGGUUUUAUGCUCCUACUCAGGUGUUUGUUAAAGAUGCGUUAAGCUGGGAAUGCUGACCACUAUUCCUUAUGUUCCUCCAUCCCUCCCUUCGGUUCUCUGUUAAAGAUGGUAUAGUGAGUUUUUAGGAGUCUUUUCACGGCGUGCAAACCUUGCCAAAGACUGCAAGGGAUGGAAGAGUUUCCAUGUGAACUGGGUUGGUUAUCAUUUUUAACUUUUUUUUCUAGGUAGGCUCCCAUCACUAGUCAGUAGCAUGUUGAGAUAAACCAGCAGUCUUUUUGACCACCUCCUUAUCCAACCACAGUUUAUGAAGCUGUAGUCGUUUAUAAUCAAACUGAGUCAUGAAUAUUUAAUUUAUUUUGCUAAAAAAAAAAAAAAUGUAUCAAAGGUUUAUUUUUCAGAGUAAGGCAUUUUACAUAUGUAAUGUUAUUAAAGUAUACUGUUGUUGUUGUUGUGUAUAGUACAUUUUGAGUAUUUUGUCACCCAGUUUAAUCACAUGUACUUCAUGCCAAUAUUUUAGGUAUUUCUGUAUGUAAUUGGUUAUAUUUGACAAUCUUGUUUGAUGUACUCUGUUCAAGGUUCGGAAAAAAAUACUUUUUUUUUUUUUGAAGGUUUGAUAGUUGAAUUAAAUGACCUGAAACAAGA